AUGACUAAUUGGACGAACGUGACCAGCUGCAUCAGUUUAUGCGAUGAUGAGGACAUUAUGGACAGUAAUGCCACUAGCGUGGACUUUGAGUACCCGAUCCAUCUGUUCCCAGUGCCUAUACUGACUGGCAUCACAGUGACGUGCUCUUUGCUUUUCCUCGUUGGAACAACUGGAAACCUGUUGACCAUCCUGGUGGUCACCAAAUACAAAGACAUGCGAACCACCACCAACCUGUACCUCUGCAGCAUGGCACUUUCAGACCUGCUCAUUUUCCUGUGCAUGCCCCUAGACCUGUACCGGGUUUGGCGGUACCGACCGUGGAACUUCGGCGAUGAACUGUGCAAACUCUUUCAGUUUGUGAGUGAAAGCUGCACGUACUCCACCAUCCUCAACAUCACCGCCCUGAGCGUGGAAAGAUACUUCGCCAUUUGUUUUCCCUUCAGGGCAAAAGUCAUCGUCACGCGGGGUCGGGUGAAGGGGGUGGUUGUACUCCUCUGGACUGUGGCUCUCUUUAGUGCUGGACCCAUAUUCAUUCUAGUUGGAGUCGAGCACGAGAACGGCACCAAUUCCUGGGAGACCAAUGAGUGUAAAGCGACCGAAUAUGCCAUCCGGUCCGGACUCUUGACCAUGAUGGUUUGGGUGUCCAGUGUGUUUUUCUUCCUCCCGGUCCUCUGUUUGACUGUGUUAUACAGCCUCAUAGGCAGGAGAUUGUGGAGAAGAAAGGAGAAUCCAGUUGGACCCGUUUCUAGUCGGGACAAGAACAAUAAGCAGACAGUCAAAAUGCUAGCGGUAGUUGUUCUUGCGUUUGUUCUCUGCUGGCUGCCAUUCCAUGUGGGUCGUUAUCUCUUCUCCAAAUCAUCUGAGGCCAAUUCUCCUUUCAUCUCUCAAAUCAGCGAGUAUUGCAACCUGGUCUCAUUUGUGCUCUUUUACCUCAGCGCCGCGAUCAACCCUAUUCUCUACAAUAUUAUGUCCAAAAAGUACAGGAGCGCGGCGUGCAGACUGUUCGGAUUGAGGCGCGCUCCCGGACGAUCAGUGCAGAACAUCGUGAAUGCGGAGAGUUUUUCAGUGUGGAAUGAAUACAGCUUGAGCACGUGA